AUGGCCAGGAUACCACUUAUAUUACUCUUACUGUCAUCCCUGCAGCUGGCUUGCCAUGCCUACAUUCCGACUGCUUCCACCUUGGUGGGAGUCCUUCUUGCCCUAUCGUCAUACCGUAUAUCUUGUCUAGCUGCACCGGCUGCCUCUACUUUGGGACUACUCGAGCCUGCUAAUGGUGUAUAUCUGAUGAUUUGGCCUGAUACAGAAGUCACUCCAUAUCAAGCAGAUACUCCAUCGCUAAUAAAUCAAAGGCUAGGUCAACGGGUGCCUGUUUGGCACUUUGCACAGAAUAUUCCUACAUUGACUCAAUCAGGCACGCCGGGCGUGUCAGUGAAUGUCGGCAUAGAUACGAAAAUAAAUACCACCUUUUUGGAGCUCACGUACAGUGACGCCAUGAUCUUUUUAACUGUCUAUCCCUUCCUUACCGGGGACAUGAAUGCCGUAAACGAUACCGAUAUUGCAGCUUUAGCAACGCAGUGUGCUCAACUAAAUGCUGCCGGGCGUAAAAUAUUCUUGAGAUUAGCUCCAGAAAUGAAUGGAGGCUGGUAUCCUUGGGGCCAAAAGCCAUCCGUAUAUGUGCCAUGGUGGAGAAAGGUCGUGACUGCAGUUCGGGCGCAGGCUCCGAAUACCGCUUUCGUUUGGUCUCCCAACGUUCGUGGACAGGGUGGUUUUGCUCUGGCAUCUUGGGUUCAUCCAUUGGGAACAGAUUAUAAUUUGAUGGAUACAAACAAGGAUGGAGUUGUUAAUGGUACUGAUGAUCCAUACGGCCCGUUCUACCCGGGCGAUGACUAUGUUGAUUGGGUUGGCCUCUCGCUAUACUAUUACGGUACCAGCUAUCCAUACCACUUCAACACUCUACCACCAGACUAUUGGUUUGUGCAGUCGCUCCAAGGCUUUGGAGCUUUCGACUUUUAUCAGACGUAUAGCGUUCAGCAUAACAAGCCUUUCGCUUGCUCAGAAUGUAGCAGUACCUUCUUUGCCGCACAGCCGGUUGGUAGCUCGCUCGUUAACGUGCCUCCAGGUCCAGGAGAAUUGGCUAUAAAGAGAAGCUUAUCCAAGAAUAAAGAUGUGCAUCGAAACCAAAAAAGGGGUCUAUUCGAGUUCCGAAAGAAGGAAGACGACACAUUCAGAGACUUUCAGAUACUAAAUCAAUCGAAUCCCAACAACCUGCUUCCACAGUUCUUGACUGAUCUUCAAGCUGCGUCAUCCAAGAUCAACUUCAUCUGGGCUAAUUACUCACCGCCACCGGUCGUUCCUGCCCCGCUUCCGGCCAAUUCCACUCCAGGCGAUCAUAUCGCCACGAUACUGGGAAUGAAUUCAGGUCAUUCUAGUCUACGGACUAUUGUACAGCGAUACGGUGCUUAUUUCGCCAUGUUUGUGGCGACGUGGAUGCUAUCUUGA